ACUGAAAGCAGCUGGGGCUGAGAAGCGAAGCCAAGCGGAGCCGAAGCCACAUCGGCUUGUCUCGCUUUGCGCGGCACUCGAGACUAGUCAGGCGCUGCGACGGUCGGUCGUAGGCUUCCGGCUGCAGCAGGUAAUCAAGGUUUUGUAAACCGAGAAGAUGGGGUCUGGCUGCCUGAAAGUCACAAAGUACUUCCUUUUCCUCUUCAACCUCCUUUUCUUUAUCUUGGGUGCUGUGAUCUUGGGCUUCGGAAUAUGGAUUUUGGUUGACAAAAGUAGCUUCAUUUCAGUUCUGCAGGCCUCGUCGUCUUCAUUAAAAGUUGGGGCAUACAUUCUCAUUGGAGUUGGGGCUGUCACAAUGCUGAUGGGGUUCCUGGGCUGUGUUGGAGCAGUCAACGAGAUCCGAUGUCUCCUGGGCCUGUACUUCACUUGCCUGUUGCUGAUUCUCAUAGCGCAAAUUGCUGCCGGCCUCCUCAUCUACUUCCAACGGAAUGCACUCAAAGCAGAAAUGUCUGGGAUUGUCGGUGACCUCAUCCAGAAUUACAACCCAUAUGAUGACAAUAAUAGGACCCUUGAGACUGCAUGGGACUAUGUGCAGACACAGCUGUCUUGCUGUGGCUGGACUGGACCAGAAACUUGGAAAAAUAACACCUUCCUCCAGGAGAGAAAUCAGACGUCCUAUCCUUGCUCUUGCAGCAAUGAGUCAACUGACUCCCAGGCAGAGGUGGGCUUCUGCCCUUUAGAUAUUGCUUCCAACACCACAACAAUUGAGGACUGGCCAGUUAGAAAGCAGGGGUGUAUGAAAGGUGUACAGAACUGGUUACAGGAGAACCUUGGCAUUAUCCUUGGAGUCUGCACAGGGGUUGCUGUCAUUGAGCUACUGGGAAUGGUGCUCUCCAUCUGCCUCUGCAAGAACAUACACACUGAAGACUACACCAAAGUGCCCAAGUACUGAGGGACUGCUGGCUUUGGGAGCUGCCCCAGAGCAAAUGGAAAGCUUCCUUCCCUCCUAUCCAGACUGUCUUCAUCACUUACCACUUCUCCUGUGACCUCCAGCAUUGCUGCGGAUCAAUGAGGCUGCAUGGCAGCUACGAAUCCUUUGAGGGAUCAGGGGCUUGGGCAGCCCCCUCCUAUCUCUUGACUGUUCUUCUACAAAGCGGGCCAUUUUUAAAGUCUUCCUCUGCGCGUGUGAUGCCCUGCACCUUUACUGCCAGCACCACGCUAGACAGCCUCUUCCUUAUUUUUAUUCACUUCUGACCCAUUGUGACUAGGCUUAGAAUACUUCUCCUCUCCUCCCCUCUUUUUUGCAACUUUCCGCUACCACUGCUAGGUGUACAUAACCCCUAUUCUAUUCAACUAGGAAGAAUCUUUGGGGCUUUAGCUGCUGUUGGUGGUUGGGUCUCUCUUUUAAACAUUCAUACUGUAGAAAGCAGUGUCCUUCCACUGAUUUGACACCUCUGUCUUUUUAGGACUUCACUUCCUCAAAUCUACUGAAUUGUCUCUUGAAACUGUUGUUUUACAUAGUUUGCUAUAUUUGUCUUCUUCCUCCCCUCCAGAAAAAGAA